AUGGAUUACAUGGAGCUAUCAAAAAAUGUGGUUGAGCAUGCUGGUGGCCUUCCAUUGGCAAUUACAGUUUUGGGUAAACACUUUCGUUCCCUCCGUAUUCAGAGCCAAAAAAGUUGGGAAAUGGCGUUGGAGAAACUAAAAAUUGUUCCUCAUAAUGAUAUUCACAACGUGUUGAAAAUAAGCUAUGAUGGGCUGGAGAAAGAAGAGAAAGAUAUCUUUCUAGAUAUUGCGUGUUUCUUCAAAAGGAUGUGUAGACAUUUUGUGGAAAACAUACUUAAUGGUUGUGGUUUUUUUGCAAGUAUAGGAGUGGAUAUUCUCAUUGAUAAGUCCCUCAUAACUAUUAAUCCUUAUAAUAAUACUCUUCAAAUGCAUGAUCUAUUGCAAGAAAUGGGUAAAAAUAUUGUUCGUCAAGAAUCUACAAAACUUGGAGAGCGCAGUAGGCUAUGGAUUCCUGAAGAAGCUUGUGAAGUCCUAGAGAACAAUGAAGGGACUGAAAAAGUUGAAGGAAUAUUCCUAGACUUGUCCGAAAUUGAUGAAGAGAUACACUUGGAACCUACAGUUUUCAGAAAGAUGUCUAAUUUGAGAUUGCUCAAAAUUUACGAUUCCUCUUAUGGCAAGAAAGAGCUUAACAAGUUAAGAGACAUUGAUUUAAGACACUCCAUUCACCUAACUCAAAUUCCGGAUCUGUCAAGUUCUCCAAAUCUUGAGAGAAUAAAUCUCGAGUAUUGCACAAAUUUGUUUCAAGUUCCUUUGCAUACUCAGCAAAAUCUUAACAAGCUUAUUGAAGUGGAUCUAAGCUACAGCUACCAGCUUCAGAGUGUGCCAGAUAGAAUAUUUGAUGCUGCCUCUAUGACAACUCUUACUCUCAACACUCUUCCAAUGACUAUAACCCGGAGCCUUGUGUCUUUAAAUUUAAGUUCAACUGGAAUAACGUCUUUGCCUUCAUCAAUUGUCUCUCUCAAUAAUCUUCAGAAAUUGUCUCUCAGAAACUGUACAAGACUUGCAAGUCUUCCAAGUUGCAUGAAUAAGCUGGAUUCUCUAAAGGAACUUGUAUUAGGCGGGUGCUCAAUUCUUGAGAUGUUUCCAGAGCUUCCAUUGAAUAUAAUGACGUUGAAUAUUGGAGGGACACCAAUAAAGCAUGUGCCCUCAUCAUCAAUUGAGGGUCGAUUUGAUCUCCAACAUUUUACAAUGUCCGAUUGUAAAAGUCUUACGAGUUUACCAUCCAACAUUUUUAAGAUGAGGUCUCUUUGUGAUCUUAAUCUUAAUAGUUGCGCGAAUUUGAAGAGCCUUCCGGAAAUCGUAGAGCCUGUGAAAACUUUAAGCGGAACGGGGAUUAGAGAGCUACCAAUAUGUGAUAUGGCUAAGCUUUUGCAUCUCGAUCUUUCUGAUUGUCCAAAAUUUGAUCUGGAAUCUGGAAUCUUUCCAAUCUCAAGUGAUUACCACCGUUGGAAUCUGGAAUAUCUUGAUCUCAGUCGGUCUAAUAUAAUAGCAAUCCCUGCAAGCGUCAGAGGGCUUUCUAAGCUGAGAAGGAUUUACGUAGAAAAUUGCAAGAAUCUUCGUUCUAUACCAGAGCUUCCAUUGGGUUUGCAAUUUCUUGGUGCAAGCGGGUGCACGUCGUUGGAGGUGGUGUCAAAUUCAAAGAGAGCACUCACACAAGAGUUUUGGGAAUUCCAGAGCCAGAUCACUGAAAAGUCAAUGUUUUGUGAUUGCUUGAAAUUGGAUCAGACGCAGCGUCAAAGUAUUUUAAUGGAAUUCCAGCUUAGAGUUUUUCGGACUGCUACACGACUUAUAUGUAAAGACCAUGAGAGGUUGCCUUAUUCGAUUGGCGCGUGUUUUCCGGGUUAUGAAAUUCCAAAGUGGUUCGAGUAUCAAUCAGAGGGAUCUUUUAUUGAUAUAAAGAUUCCACUGGAAAGGCAGCAUUUCUUGGGUAUUGUAUUUUGUGUUGUUGGUUACUCUUAUUCUGAGGCCGUUUACCUGGAUUUAAGUUGUGAAGUCAAUCUUAAAGCGAACCAGGGGGAAAACAGGGAAUUCACUUUGGGGUUUAACCAUGGCAGACAUUGGUUUUUUGCAAUGCCAAGGACACAUUCAAGUAAUGUGUGGAUGUGGUAUGUGUCUCAUCACCAUUAUAAAUGGCUCAAUGCAGAGGAGGCGUCAUUUGACUUUUCAUUCGUAGAAAGUUCAUUGGAGGGAAACAGAAGACGGGUUACGACUGAAUCCAAGUGUGAAGUGAAGAAGUGUGGGAUCCACCUGGUAAAUAAAAAAGAAAUAGAGGAAUUCAGAUUCAAUUUCAUCAAUGCUGGCCAACAUCAUGUACUUGAGGAAUCCGCAGCCGAGCAGCCUGAAUCCAUUGCACGCGGAACCAUCAACUUUGAUACAGAUGAACCACGAAAGAAUGCUGGCCGUUUCUUGCAUGUCGAAGGCUGUUCCGGCAUUGCUGCAGAUCUGAAGGCCAUAAAUAUCUCUUGUUCGCCGCUGCUUAUUGUGGACUGCUUUGAGAAAAAUGCAGGUGGAGAUGUUACUGGUGUCUAUUCAUGUGUCCUAGUGGAGGGAGGUCCUUCUCAUGUCAUCGAAGGAAAAGAUCUUGCUGCAUUGUGGGCGGUCCCAUUGGCUUCUAAGUUGGGAAAUUUGCAGAUUUCAGUUGUUGGAGGAUUUAUCCUUCUCUUUUCUUUGAGCGAAGGCUCGGAAUGUUGUUGCUUUAAAACUGGAUAG